AUGGCGGCUCCUCCUCCCAACGACGGCUACGGCCAGUAUCCCCCUCAGCAGUACGGCGAGCAGCCCCAAUACCCCGUCGAUCCCGCCCAACAAGCAUAUGGUAGCCCGGCCUCCCCGCCGCCGCCAGCCGGCGCUCAGCACGGUGCCGAGCAUGGCAAGAAGAAGAAGAGAGCAUACGCCGCCCAGGCAUUCGAGGUUGCCACAGGAGGCAAUGCCGUAGUAGGCGGCCAGCCAGCAGCAGCACAAUACGGAAUCCCUCAGCCAGCAGCAUCAGGAUUUGGUGGAUAUCCGGCGCAAGAUGUUCAACAACCGGCAUAUGGCGCUCCCACAACACCAUACGGCGCCCCUCAGCCUGCCGUGCCCGGAGUUGGAGGUUAUCAGGCCCCCGAUCCCUACUACGGCCAGGGCGCUGCUCCGGCCGCCCCUGCCCCUGGAGGUGUUACCGGCAUCACCGCCGGUAUCCAGUCUAUGGGCUUUGGAGGACAGCCACAGCAGCCUGCCCAGGCGAGGGGUCCUGUGAACCAGCUUUAUCCCACCGAUCUACUCAACCAGCCCUUUAAUGUCGCCGAACUCGAGUUGCCGCCUCCCCCUAUUAUUCUUCCCCCUAAUAAGAGCAAGCUGCCCUUUGCGCUCGUCAUUCAGCCCUAUGCAGCUCUUCAUGACUUGGACGAUCCGGUCCCUGUUGUGCAAGACCAGGUCAUCUCGCGCUGCCGAAGAUGUCGAUCCUAUAUCAACCCAUUCGUGACCUUCCUCGAUCAUGGUCACAGAUGGCGCUGCAACAUGUGCAACCUGACUAACGACGUCCCCCAGGCCUUUGAUUGGGAUGCGGCGGCCCAGAAGAGUGUGGAUAGAUGGCAACGACAUGAACUGAACCAUGCGGUUGUUGAGUUUGUUGCGCCGCAGGAGUAUAUGGUCAGGCCUCCCCAACCCCUGGUCUACCUUUUCUUGUUUGAUGUCAGCUACGCGGCUGUCUCUACGGGUCUUUUGGCCACCAGCGCAAGAACCAUUCUGGACAGCCUCGACAGGAUACCGAAUGCCGAUCGCCGCACCCGCCUUGGAUUCAUCGCUGUCGACUCGAGCCUGCAUUACUUCUCUGUUCCGAGAGACACAGAGGAAAAUGGCGAGACGAGCAUGCUUGUGGUCAGCGAUCUGGAUGAGCCAUUCCUUCCUGUUCCCGGGGAGUUGCUGGUUCCCCUCACCGAGUGCCGCCAGAAUAUUGAAAGUUUCCUCAACAAGUUGCCCGAGAUGUUUGCGAACAACCAGAACAACGGAAACUGCAUGGGUUCGGCUCUCAGGGCUGGUCACAAGCUUAUCGCUCCCCUGGGUGGCAAGAUCACGGUUUUGAGCUCUUCUCUGCCCAACGUGGGCUAUGGAAAGCUCGAGAUGAGAGAAGACAAGAAACUUCUCGGCACGUCCAAGGAAAGCGGGCUCUUGCAGACUGCUAAUUCCUUCUACAAGAGCUUCGCCGUCGAGUGCUCCAAGAACCAAGUGUCUAUCGACAUGUUCCUGUUCUCUUCUCAGUAUCAGGAUGUGGCCUCCUUGAGCAACCUUCCGAGGUACACUGGUGGUCAGACAUGGUUCUACCCGGGAUGGAAUGCUGCUAGGGCCGAAGACGCCGUCAAGUUUGCGUCCGAGUUCAGUGACUACCUGUCGUCUGAGAUUGGCCUCGAGGCCGUCCUCCGUGUUCGCGCUACUACUGGACUGCGGAUGAGCACGUUCUAUGGUAACUUCUUUAACCGAAGCUCGGACUUGUGCGCUUUCCCGGCUUUCCCCCGUGAUCAGUGCUACGUUGUUGAGGUCGCUAUCGAUGAGAACCUUACCAAGAACUUUGUUUGCUUGCAGACGGCGGUCCUACACACCACCUGCAAUGGCGAGCGUCGCAUUCGUGUCAUGACCCUCGCUUUGCCUACCACCACCAACCUUGCGGAUGUGUACGCCUCGGCCGACCAGUGCGCUAUCGCUACCUACUUCAGCCACAAGGCGGUUGAGAAGGCCCUUGGAAACUCCUUGGACGCGGCAAGGGAUCUGCCCCAGCAGAAGGUCACGGAGCUUCUGCAGACCUUCAGGAAGGAGCUGGGCGGAGGCAGCAUGGGCGGCGGCCUUCAAUUCCCGUCUAACCUUCGUGGUCUCCCCGCCCUUUGCCUGGGCUUGACCAAGCAUGUUGGUUUGAGGAAGUCGGCGCUUAUUCCUUCGGAUAUUCGCUCUGCUGCCCUCGACCAGCUCUCUACGCUUCCUUUGCCACUGCUUAUGCAGUACAUUUACCCCAGGCUAUACUCAUUGCACGACAUGCCUGACAACGCCGGUAUUCCCGACCCGGAGACGAGCCAGAUUGUCCUCCCGCCACCUAUGAACCUCUCCUCGGAGCGGUUCGCGCCAUUCGGCUUGUACCUUAUCGACGACGGCCAGACGCAAUUCCUCUGGGUUGGACGUGACGCUGUGCCCCAGCUUAUCCUCGAUGUAUUCGGAGUGCAGGAACGCACACAGGUCGCUGUUGGAAAGGGUACUCUGCCUGAGUUAGACAAUGAUUUCAACGAGCGUGUGAGGAACGUGAUUGCCAAGAGCAGAGACCACAAGAGCAAGGGUGUUGGCAGCAUUACUUUGCCUCACCUGUACGUUGUCAGAGAGGAUGGUGAGCCAAGCCUCAAGCUGUGGGCUCAAACUCUCUUGGUGGAAGACCGGGCGGAUCAGGGCAUGAGCUUCCAACAGUGGAUGGGCAUGCUGAGGGAGAAGGUGAGUAACUAA